AAUGCCAAAGCUAUCGAUUAGUAUCGCCUGGCAAUUGGGCAUUGUUUUUUAUAGAAGCAGCAAUAUGAGCACCUACCUACAGAGCAGCGAGGGCAAGUUCAUACCGGCCACCAAGCGGCCGGAUGGCACCUGGCGCAAGGCGCGUCGCGUCAAGGAUGGCUACGUGCCCCAGGAGGAGGUGCCGCUCUACGAGAGCAAGGGCAAGCAGUUCGUGGCGCAGCGCCAGGCCGGAGUGCCGCCUGGUAUGUGUCCCCUGGUGGCCGCCGAGUCGAAGAAGGAGCGCGAGAAGCAGGAGCGGACUAGGGCUAAGAAGCAGGAGAAGGAAUCUGGCAGGCAGCAAAAGGCGCCGGCGCCCGGCGUUCUCGUCAUGCCGCCCAGCACGUGUCCGACACCCAAAGUCAGUCAGCAGCAGCAGCCGACCUCUGGGUUGGAUAUCAACUCGAUAUCCAAGACCCUGGAGGACGCCCUGAAGCUGGACGCCCCCCAGGAGGUGGACCCCGCCAAGCAGUUAAAAAAGCUACGCAAGAAAAUCCGUGAAAUCGAACAGAUCGAGAGCAGGAUCCAAGCCGGAGAGCAGAAAAAGCUGGACAAGGACCAGCUGGACAAGGUGAAAAAGAAGUCGGAGAUCCUGCGACAGAUCAAGGACUUGGAGAGCACAACGCGCUCAUAGCCCAAUGCUCCACCUCCAGCUCCAGCUCCAGUUAACUUAGAUACUGCUAUAUCGUCUCACCUCGUGAACAAAUCACCGACCAGAAGUCGCGCCGCCUCUACACGAAAGAACACAUACAUGCCUAUGUCUGUUAAAUAGUUAUAUUAGUUUUAGCCGAAGAUGUCAAGCCAUUUAGUAAUAUGAUCUAUUUUAGUAAUGAGUGUCUGUCUUGAAACCUAGUUUAUACGAAUGGAGAGUCGCCGCGUUUAUUUAUGUAUAGGUAACUUUGUAAAUCAGAUUUAAUAAAUUAAACCGAUUUGAAGCAAACGCUAA